AUGACAUGCUCGUAUACAAAUGACUUGAUUCGAAGUGUUCUCGAAGAAGAAAAUGAUUUGUUUCGCAUUAAUAAUUCAUCAACGUCAAAUGACGACAAUGUACUCUAUUGGUUGGAAUAUGAAGAACUCGAUUUUGAUAUGAUUUAUCGAGCUGCAAAAGAUUCCAAUAGGAAAAUUUUCGUUAAUUCAUAUUGUAUACGUAAGGGUCUCUUACGUAAAGCUAACUUUGCAUUAUUCGUCCAAAAAUAUCUUUCUAAAAAACCUGACUCAAUCUUACGUCGUCAUUAUCCGGAGACUCACAUCCUCGACUUGUCACAUCCGGACUAUCUCGACGAAGCGCUCAAUGAAGCUUACGAAUUACGCGAUGUACUUCAAGCCAAUGUCGAAGAAACAACAGAUAAACCGAUUCCGUUUAUUCUCAAAGCUUCGAUUUUAGAUAAAGCUAGUGAAUUAUUCAUCUUUCAUACUCAAGCUGAAUUAGAAGAUUUCUUCACUACGAAAUUCGAUGACGACGAUGAGGAUGAAGACGAGGAGAACAACAUAAGCAUGGUUCGCGAAUGGGUUGUUCAACGAUACAUAACAAAUCCUAAACUUCUUUCAGUCUAUCAGAAUCGUAAAUUUCAUUUACGUGUUUACGUUGUUGCUGAAAAGAAUCUUCGUGUUUAUGUCUAUGAUGGUAUAUUAGCAUUAUUUGCGUCUUUAUCCUAUCAGAAUGAUCAGCAAUCGUUCAAUCGUCUUUGUCAUAUUACAAAUACGUGUGCUCAAAUCGAUUCGCCAUUGGAUGAGGAAGAUUUAGUGAAAGAAUUCUUUACAUUAGAAGGACUUGAUGACGAGAUUCGUUCGAAUAUAUUCGAACAAAUUAAAACUAUCGUCAAAGAAAUCUUUACUGGUCUGCAUAGCGAAACGCCAAUUUUUCAGCCAUUGAAAAAUGCCUUCGAAAUCUAUGGAUUUGAUUUUCUUAUCGAUGAGAAUAAUCAAGUUUAUUUUCUCGAAGCAAAUGCGUAUCCUGAUUUUAAGCAAACAGGCAAUUCAUUAAGUAUUCUAAUAAGAGAAUUAUUUCAAAAUGUUGUUCAACAAAUCAUCUUACCAUAUUUUGGUCAUGAACAAACGAACAAGGACCUUCAACGACGAUUACAUCUUGUUUAUGAUAAACAAAGGACAAUUUAG